CGUCACCGGCGGCGCCAGCGGCAUCGGCACUGCAUCGCCAUCCUCGACCUCAACGCCGCUACUGGGCCCGGCGUGGCCGCUGAGGUGGCGGCCGAGUUCCCGCGGUCGGCCGUGUCGUUCCACCCGUGCAAUGUCGCGUCCUGGGAUGAGCAGGCGGCCGCGUUCCAACAGGCUUUCAACGAGCACGGGGGCCGCCUCGAUGUCGUGGUGGCGAAUGCGGGGGUGUCGGAGCAAGGGGCCACGACGCUGGUGAGGCUCCCGCUCGAUGGGGGUGGCGGGGGGGAGGACGAGGGUCGGUCGAGGCCGGGGGUGGCGACGCUGGAGGUGAACCUGCUGGGGACGGUUUACUCGGUGAACCUGGCGGUGCAUUACAUGAAUAAGAAGCCCAAACCGGGAGCGGGAGGGGCGUCGAGAGGAUCCAUCAUCUGCACGGCAUCUAACGCGGGCCUGUAUCCGCUUCCGGUUGCGCCUUUGUAUGCGGCAUGCAAGUUUGGCGUGGUGGGGCUGGUGCGGUCGACGGCGAGGAUUAUCGAGCAGGCAGACAUGCAGAUUAACGCGCUCGCACCUGCCGUGUUGGGUACGUGGCCCCAUCCAUCUUCAGACUUGUUCAAACACAUGACGGUCACUCCCUUGGAGACCCUAAUCCGGGGCGUUGGUCAAUUUCUUCGAGACCCGACUGUCUCGGGAGCCGUGGCUGAAAUACACGGGGACACGGUAUUUCUGGGAUCUCGCUACCAAUAUCACACACAGCCGAGACAGCAAAACACUGAAAGAAGAACCGACAAGAUGGACAUUCGAACCGAGCCAUUUCGAAGACCAGGGAAAGCACCGCUCCUUUGGAACCGCACCGUGUGCGACUGCCAUUGGUUUUACCAGUUUUACCUCUGUGGAUGCCCCGAUCGUGUCACACCCAUAGGGAAUGGCCGCACCAGGCACGAACCUUGCUACCAAGGGUGCGAGGUCUGGUACAAACCCAAGUGGGAGCAGGUAAUAAACCUCACCACCGGGUUUCGACACAACCCAAACCCGCCCCUACGGCCGGAACCCAGCGUGCUGCCGUUCCCCUGCCACCGUCACCUGAUGGAGUCGCGCAUCUUUCUAUCUGCCGAGGAACUCCAUACCAUGAGGAACCGGCUCAUGGACCCCAUGUGGAAUCCCGAACAGAGCAGCUCCUGGGAGGACAAGAAGCGGGCAAGGGAGGAAGAAGAUGACGGACUCCUACCCCCGCCACCGCUUAGGCGGAGAAUCCUACGACCCGAGGCCGAGGAAGUUAUCCAGCUCCAGCCUCGGCUGGGAGAUCUCGUCCUCGAGCUGCGCUGCACCCCGGACGACCACCACUACAUCGACCCUCCAGCUCCCAACGCGGGGCUCACACCUUCCCCACGAUACUCUUGGCAGAUCCCCAGUGGUCAAUCAGCCUUCCCGAUCCCGAAUGGGCGCCGUGUGCUUCUAACGCCGUCCGGGCCAGAGCAAGACGACAAUCGGAGCCAACAAAACAGUCGCCAGCGCAGCCCGCCACCUCCCUACAUCGCCCCGCCGGCCUACACUAGAAGCCCCCCCGGACCACCACCGGCCCUCGCAGCACCACAGGAGUUGCCCCCACCGUACGUAGACAUCACACCAGCGGCACCACCCCGGGCGAGCGCCCGGAACACGAGCGGGCCUCGCCGCUCCCGAAACCACUUCUCCUCCCUGACCUGGCUCCUCGAAGAGCAAGCCAUCGACCUCUGGCGCCAAGACGGCUACCACUGGCACAGCGCCCCAGUCAAGCGCGAGGCGAUAACGACAACCAGAAAACAGCAAAAAAAGAAAAAGAACCAACCAUCCAGCACCACCCUCACCCACACCCUCACCAACCCCAACCCCUCCCCCUCCUCCCCACCCUCCCUUCCAGCCCUUCCAGCCCUAGCAGCCCUCGCAACCGAAGCCGACCCCAACCCCGCAGCCGACCCCGAAGCAGCCGAGCUGAUACGGGACGUGCUGUACGACGGGCCGACGCACACGGGCUACUUUGGCGGCGCGUACCGGACCGACCCGGAGGUGCUGCACCAGGCGCGCGCCGUCAGCUGGCAGCGGGCCGGGGGCGCGGCCGGCCUGGCGUGGGCGCGCCGCGUCGGCGAGGCGUGGGCCGCGUCGCUGCUGCCGCCGCCGCAGGGGCAGGGGCAGGGGCAGGGGCAGUUCCAAGGGGGUGGGGGGGGCGGGUGGUGGUUGGGGGGGAGGUUUAGUAUGUGA